AUGUCUACUGAUGUAGCUGCUAGCACUCCUGUGCCACAGGCAGAAACUGUGCAGCCUCAAGGGAUGCGCAAAAAUGGCAAGCAGUGGCAUGAACCAAAAGCCGCCUUCCGACCUAAAGCUGGAAAUUCCACAUACGAAAAGCGCCAGGAAGAGCGCAAGGCCAUGGCAGCUACUAAGGCGAAGGAGAAGGAGAUGAAGGACGAGAAAGAAGAAGAGAGACAGAGAAGGAUCACCGCGCUAAAAGAGAAACGCGUAAAGAAGGAAGAGAAAGCUCGGUACGAGAAAAUGGCAGAGACGAUGCAUAAGAAGAGGGUUGAGAGAUUAAAGCGCAAAGAGAAGAGGAAUAAGAUGUUGAAGUCGUGA